UUCAAUUUACCUGAAACUGAACUUCUGGGCGGGCGUGAAGACUUGUCUUGUCGGGAUUUUGUGUCUGAAAAUUUGGUUUCCUUUUUUAAAUGCCGGGAAUCUUGACUUUAUAUAUUCACCAUGCUACUAGGAAACCCUACAGGGAGGCAAUGCAUCCAGGAAAUGCGUAAGGUUUUGUUCUUAAGACAGAAAUCUUUUGGCUUUGCUUGCCGUUAUCUUCAUGUGCACUCCUUACAUUUCCACAGUCAUGGUCAUGACAGUGGGCUUGCUAGGAGAGUGGCUAGAACUUUGUGUACAUGUCGGCCCAACAUGACUAACCGCAGUUUCAGUCGUCUCAACAUACGACGUUUAAGUAUAACCAGCAGUAACUUCAGUGAAACUGAAUCAAACAGUACUGUCAGUAGCAGGCGUUACUCGACGCCAGCAUCAGAAUCCAAACACCAUCGCCCAGUUUUCAAAGUCUUGGAUGGUGCCGUGGACACAUCUUCGCCAACCUUUCAGACCAGACUGGCGCAGAGUCAACACCUUGAGGAGAAGCACAACCAAAUGGUGACCGUUGCAAGAUCUGGGGGAGGACCAAAGGCUAUGGAGCGGCACACCAAGGCCCACGGCAAGCUGUUUGUGCAGGACAAACUGCAACUGUUGCUGGAUGAAUACAGCGACAACACAUUCCUAGAGAUCGGAACAUUAGCUGGAUUUGGCAUGCCGUAUGGUGAUAUACCAGGUGCCAGCAUUGUUACUGGUGUUGGGAAAAUCAAUGGGGUCUGGUGUGCAAUAUCAGCCAACGAUGGUACCAUGAAAGGGGGAACCAUGUACCCCAUCGGGGUUAAGAAACAGUUGAGAAUACAGGAGAUCGGCCUGCACAACCGACUGCCGUGUGUCUACAUUGUGGACAGCGGGGGCGCUUUCCUUCCACUACAGUCAGAGAUUUUUCCGGACAAGGAGCACGGAGGUAAGACGUUUGCUAAUGAGGCCCUCAUGUCUGCCCUCAAGAUACCUCAGGUAGCCAUUGUGUGUGGGUCCUGCACAGCCGGGGGUGCCUACGUGCCAGCCAUGUGUGACGAGGCCGUCAUGGUUGACAAGAUCGGCACCAUCUUCCUGGGAGGCCCUCCACUAGUCUUUGCUGCAACGGGAGAGAAGGUCAGCGCGGAGAACCUUGGAGGUGCCACGCUCCAUUGCAAAGUGAGCGGUGUUACUGAUCAUUUUGCUGCCUGUGAAGAGGAUGCAUUUGAGACUGGGAGAGACAUCAUCGCUGGCCUGAACGAGCAGAGACCUAUGCAGUAUGAUGGUUGGCAGGAACCUUUGUACAGUGUAGAUGACUUGCCUGGCAUGGCUCUAGACACCCCUGGAAGUAUGAAGAAGGUCAUUGCUCGACUAACUGAUGGAAGUCGAUUCCAUGAAUUCAAGACCGUGUAUGGUCCUAGCUUGAUCACAGGAAUGGCUCAUAUUGAGGGUCAUUUAGUAGGCAUCGUCGGCAAUGACGGUCCACUGACUGCUGAUGCUGCCACCAAAGGGGCGCACUUCGUGGAGCUGUGUUGCCAACGACGGAUUCCCCUGAUCUUCCUCUCAAACACACCCCCUGAUUCUAGCAUGCCAGAGGGGGAAGACGGGGAAGCCAUGGGUGAUGUCAUCAGGAACAGAGCCAAGAUGAUGACUGCCGUGGCCUGUGCCCAAGUCCCGAAGAUCUCGGUGAUUGUCGGGGACAGUUUUGGGCCUAGUAAUUUUGCCAUGUGCGGUCGAUCAUUCAGCCCUCGCUUUCUCUUCAUGUGGCCAUCAGCUCGGAUUGGCAUCACAUCACCGGAGGGCGCAGUCCAUGCCGCAUCGCAGAUAACAGGAGACAGGGAGGCGGCUGAUGAGAUGGGCAGGAGGUACCAGCAGCAGGUAGCUGCCUUGUACUCUAGUGGGAGACUCUGGGACGAUGGGAUUAUCCUUCCUCAGCGCACACGCAAGGUUCUCAGCAUGUGUCUGAGUAUUGUCUCCCAACGUAGGGAAGAUGGCCGCACAGACUUCGGUGUCUUCAGGAUGUAAGAUCCGGGCAAACUCUUGAGAUUCAGGUAUUCCUAUGGUGGGACGUGUAAUUUCUUAAGUACAUCGUUGUGUCGAGUAACCCCUUCACUGGUAUUUCAUGUGUUUGCGACACAGUCUUGAAAUGUGAUAGUUUUAAGACAUUCCAAGUCCAACACGAACAAAAGAAGUAAGAAUUAGAAAGACCAGCAUCCACUUCAACCCUCCUAUGCUGAAGUCACUCUUUGGGUCACUUGGUAAACACCUCAAAGAAGCACAGCUGUGUCGUGUGGUGCAC